AAGGGGACGGUGAUUAGACCCGAAUCGAAACCAAUUAACACCACACCACACCACACCACGCCUCUUCUAAAUUCUAAAACCAACUUUUCCUCAGCCGCCCUUGCUUUCCAUUCGAUCUCACCUCUUACUUACUUCCUUUUCCCUUUCCCUUUCCUUUCCCAUCUCAUCAUUAUUAUCACACACUAACAAACAGGUAGGUGGUAGCGAUGUCGACUCCGGCUAGGAAGAGACUGAUGAGAGAUUUCAAGAGGCUGCAACAGGAUCCACCUGCUGGAAUCAGUGGUGCUCCUCACGAUAACAACAUCAUGCUGUGGAAUGCUGUUAUAUUUGGUCCUGAUGAUACUCCAUGGGAUGGAGGCACGUUUAAGUUGACUCUUCAAUUUUCCGAGGAUUAUCCGAACAAGCCACCCACUGUACGGUUUGUCUCCCGAAUGUUUCACCCAAACAUUUAUGCUGAUGGAAGUAUUUGUCUGGAUAUAUUGCAAAAUCAGUGGAGUCCUAUAUAUGAUGUAGCUGCAAUUCUCACUUCUAUCCAGUCAUUACUUUGUGAUCCCAAUCCAAAUUCUCCUGCAAACUCUGAAGCAGCACGGAUGUACAGUGAGAACAAGCGCGAGUACAAUAAAAGAGUCCGGGAGACUGUGGAGCAGAGUUGGACAGCCGACUAAGGUCAUCUUGAUAUACUUGUUGGCCUGUGAUGGCAAGAAUUAAACUGCAUUGCUACGCACGAGAGUCAUGCAAACAUCAAAGUCUGUUGUAUUCCUUCUUAUGAAUGUUAGUUCAUCUUGUCUUUUACUCACGGUAGUUUAUGCAUUGUUCAUGUCGGUCCUUGUAAUAUAAAAUUCUGUCAACUUGCAUCUGAUUGUUGUCAACACAGUUCAAUGUACAAGUUGUAGUCUUCUGAAUUGGUUGUGAUCAAAAGGAUUAAUUAAACCUGGUUCAAUUCUGUUUA